CUCUUAGAAUAGCUUCUGAAGGACAAUGUGUUGACUGGCCUGAGAUGGGACCCUCCUUUAAAUGGCGCUGCGGGCUGGACCCACACCACAGUUGUUUUUUUUGCUCCUUCGCUGAGUUGAAAGGCAGCGGCGGAGCGGCAGAGGGGCCCAGCUCGUCUUCUCACCGCUCGUUGAUGCAGCCUCUUCGUCCCCGUUUCCUCCACAUUCCCGUCGGUUUCUCUCGCUCGCCGCGCCGUUUUCGCCCGCCGCCUUCUGCUUCGCGAUGGCGGGAGCUAUUAUAGAGAACAUGAGCACCAGAAAGUUGGUGAUAGUGGGAGUUCUGCUGCUGCUGUGCCAGGCGUUCUCCUUCAUGGUGGGAGGAUUAAUUGCUCCCAGCCCCACCACAACGGUCAACUACCUGGCUACAAAAUGUGUGGCUAAGAUCAAAGCCAACCAGGACACAAAGUGGUUCAUGCCUUGGGGUCCCAACCAGUGUGUCAAGAUCAGGUCAUUUGAGGAGGCCAAGGCCAAGCAGAUUGAGGCCAACCACAUCGUAUUUGCUGUCUAUAUUCCUCCGGUUGAAAUGGAGAUGAGCCCCUGGUUCCAGUUUAUGCUUGUGGUCCUGAACUUUGAGAUUGCCUUCAAUGUGAACAACCAGAUAGAGGAUGGGGCUCUGGUCACUAUUGACGUAGGCCUGGCCUACAGAGAUGACGCACUGAGUGAGUGGACAGAGAUGGCUCCCUCUUCUGAGGAGCGGAAACUCAACUGCAGCUUUAACUUUCCCAAGACAUUUGAGAAUGAGGGUCGUAACUAUGAGUGUGACUUGCUGCCCUUCAUGGAAAUUGGCAGCGUGGCCCAUAAAGACUAUCUGCUCAACAUUCGCCUGCUGAUCGAUGAGCGCCAUAGGAAGAAUGUAGGAAUCGGAGAAAUUAAGGACAUUAAUCUUGUUAGCAUCCACCAGAAUGGAGGCUUCACCAAAGUUUGGUUUGGCAUGAAGACCGUCCUCACCCCUAGCAUCCUCAUCAUCAUCAUCAUGAUCUGGUACUGGAGACGCAUCACCCUCAUGAGCAGGCCUCCUGUGCUACUGGAGAAGGUGAUUUUGGCUCUAGGCAUUUCCAUGACUUUCAUCAACAUCCCAGUGGAGUGGUUUUCCAUUGGCUUCAACUGGACCUGGAUGCUGCUAUUUGGAGACAUUAGGCAGGGCAUCUUCUACUCUAUGCUGCUCAUCUUCUGCGGGGAGCACCUCAUGAACCAGACAGAGAGGAACCGUUUGUCUGUCUACUGGAAGCAGGUUUGACCCAUUGUCUUUGGCUCCUUCGGUUUUUUUAUCUUUGACAUGUGUGAGAGAGGUGUCCAGCUGACAAAUCCCUUCUACAGCAUCUGGGCAUCUGAAGUAGGAACUAAGCUGGCAAUGGCAUUCAUAAUUGUGGCAGGAAUCUGUGCGUGUCUCCUGUACUUCCUCUUCCUUUGCUUCAUGGUUUAUCAAGUAUUCCGCAAUAUCAGUGGUAAAAGGACGUCCCUGCCUGCAAUGUACAAGGCCAGACACCUGCACUAUGAGGGUCUGAUUUUCAGAUUCAAGUUCCUGAUGUUGGUCACUCUAACCUGUGCUGCCAUGACUGUCAUCUUUUUCAAUGUUAGUCAGGUUAACGAGGGUCCCUGGCACUGGGCAGGACACACUGUGCAGGUCAACAGCGCCUUUCUCACAGGCAUUUAUGGAAUGUGGAACUUGUAUGUCUUUGCCAUCAUGUUCCUUUACGCGCCUUCUCACAAACGCUAUGGAGACAAGCAGUCAAUUAAUCAGCUGGUAACUGGGGAUGAGUGCUCACAGGAUGAGAGCGGAGCUGCAGCCAUCUUCUCCACACAGCUGGAUAGCUUCCUGGGCGGGGCGCCGGUCCAGUACAGGGAGGUGCAGAACCACGAGUCCAACGCCUUUCUGGGCUACUUCAAGUCAGGCAUCAAGUACCAGAAAGGGGGAGUUGCCUCCGGUUUCCAACAUGUGGUGACCAAUGACAUGAACGUGAAGCGCCUGCUGCACAUCAAGGGACGGAGGGCAAUCAGAGCCACAGAGGUGAACCUGUCCUGGAGCAGCUUCAACCAAGGAGACUGCUUCAUUAUUGACCUGGGAAAGGACAUCUACCAGUGGUGUGGCAGCGAGUGCAACCGCUUUGAGAGGCUGAAGGCCUCAGAGGUCGCCAUCGACAUUAGGGACAACGAGCGGAAUGGCAGGGCAAAGCUGCACAUAGUGGAGGAUGGGAGCGAGCCAGAGGAAGUCCUACAGGCUCUGGGCCCCAAGUCCAGCAUUGCGCCCAGUACACCAGACGAUGAACAGGUGGACGCUUCCAACAAGAGGAAGGCUGCCCUCUACAGGAUCUCUGAUGUCACGGGUGCGAUAAAGGUGCAAUCUGUGGCUGAAUCCAGUCCCUUCAAACAGUCCAUGUUGUCUCAAGACGAUUGUUACAUCGUGGACCACGGGGUCGACAUGACCAUCUUCGUAUGGAAAGGUACCAAGGCGAACGCAGCAGAGUGUGAAGCAGCCAUGUCUGUGGGCCAGCAGUUCAUGAAAGACAAAGGAUACUCUGAUAAGACCCAGAUCCAGGUACUUCCUGCAGGAGCAGAGACAACUCUGUUCAAGCAGUUCUUCUGCGACUGGAGGGACAAGGACGAGACCACGGGACCCAGCAAGGCCUAUGCCAUCGGCCGCAUCGCCAAAAUCAAGAAGGUGCCGUUCGACGCCAGCACCCUGCACACCAACAAAGCCAUGGCUGCCCAGCACGGCAUGGUGGACGAUGGCAAGGGCAAGGUUCAGAUCUGGCGGGUUGAGAACGGCGCCAGGGUUCCUGUGGAACCCUCCACCUACGGUCAGUUCUACGGUGGAGACUGUUACAUCAUCCUCUACAGCUACAAACAGGGAGGCCGCGAGAAGCACCUCAUAUACACCUGGCAGGGGCUGAAUUGUACACAGGAUGAACUGGGAGCAUCAGCAUUCCUCACAGAGCAGCUGGAUAACUCAAUAGGAGGAUCCCCAGUUCAGGUGAGGGUGACCCAGGGUCAGGAGCCUUCACACCUGAUGAGCAUCUUCCAGGGCAAACCUAUGAUCAUCUACACCGGAGGAACGUCACGCAAAGGCGGACAGUCGCACGCCAGCCCCACUCGUCUCUUCCACAUCCGACAGAGCUCCUCUGGCGCCACCCGAGCUGUGGAGGUCGACGUCUCCGCCUCCAAACUGAACACCAACGACGUGUUUGUGCUGAAAACCCCGAACGCGCUGUUUGUGUGGCGUGGCGUGGGCGCCAGCGACGAGGAAGUGAGCGCCUCCAAGCACGUAGUGGGCCUCCUGGGUGGCAGCCCCACCAACGUGUCAGAGGGCAAGGAGCCAGCUGAAUUUUGGACCGCUCUGGGAGGCAAGAAGCCGUAUCAGACCUCCAAGAGCCUGCAGCAUGUGGUCAAACCCCCAUGCCUGUUCGGCUGCUCCAACAACACGGGAGUACUCAAGGCUGAAGAAGUACCAGGCGACUUCACUCAGUCUGAUCUGGCCACUGAUGAUGUCAUGAUCCUGGAUACUGGCGAUGAGAUCUACAUUUGGAUUGGAAACGACGCAAACCAGGAGGAAACGACUGGAGCUCCCAAAAUAGCUCCCAGCCCCACCACAACGGUCAACUACCUGGCUACAAAAUGUGUGGAUAAGAUCAAAGGCAACCAGGACACAAAGUGGUUCAUGCCUUGGGGUCCCAACCAGUGUGUCAAGAUCAGGUCAUUUGAGGAGGCCAAGGCCAAGCACAUUGAGGCCAACCACAUCGUAUUUGCUGUCCAUAUUCCUCCGGUUGAAAUGGAGAUGAGCCCCUGGUUCCAGUUUAUACUUGUGGUCCUGAACUUUGAGAUUGCCUUCAAUAUGAACAACCAGAUAGAGGAUGGGGCUCUGGUCACUAUUGACGUAGGCCUGGCCUACAGAGAUGACACACUGAGUGAGUGGACAGAGAUGGCUCACUCUUCUGAGGAGCGGAAACUCAACUGCAGCUUUAACUUUCCCAAGACAGCUGAUAAUGAGGGUCGUAACUAUGAGUGUGACUUGCUGCCCUUCAUGGAACUUGGCAGCGUGGCCCAUAAAUACUAUCUGCUCAACAUUCGCCUGCCGAUCGAUGAGCGCCAGAGGAAGAAUAUAGGAAUCGGAGAAAUUAAGGACAUUAAUCUUGUUAGCAUCCACCAGAAUGGAGGCUUCACCAAAGUUUGGUUUGGCAUGAAGACCUUCCUCACCCCUAGCAUCCUCAUCAUCAUGAUCUGGUACUGGAGACGCAUCACCCUCAUGAGCAGGCCUCCUGUGCUACUGGAGAAGGUGAUUUUGGCUCUAGGCAUUUCCAUGACUUUCAUCAACAUCCCAGUGGAGUGGUUUUCCAUUGGCUUCAACUGGACCUGGAUGCUGCUAUUUGGAGACAUCAGGCAGGGCAUCUUCUACUCUAUGCUGCUCUCCUUUUGGAUCAUCUUCUGCGGGGAGCACCUCAUGGACCAGACAGAGAGGAACCGUUUGUCUGUCUACUGGAAACAGGUUGGACCCAUUGUCUUUGGCUCCUUCUGUCUUUUUAUCUUUGACAUGUGUGAGAGAGGUGUCCAGCUGACAAAUCCCUUCUACAGCAUCUGGGCAUCUGACGUAGGAACUGAGCUGGCAAUGGCAUUCAUAAUUGUGGCAGGAAUCUGUGCGUGUCUCUACUUCCUCUUUCUUUGCUUCAUGGUUUAUCAAGUAUUCCGCAAUAUCAGUGGUAAAAGGACGUCCCUGCCUGCAAUGUCCAAGGCCAGACGCCUGCACUAUGAGGCAUGACUUGUCUUGUUUACACUUUUGUUGUGUUAAAUUCAAUAAUUAGUUGAAUACAAUGAGUGUUUGGGCCAAACUAAACUGUAGUGCUUUGAGAUUUGUUUAAAAUAUAAAGUGCUUUAUAAAUGGAAUUUAUUCAUUAUUAUUUUUAUUUUUUACUAUUCAAGUAAUAAUCCAUGGGUAUUGAUUUACUACGAAUAUGUAAUGUUUAAUGUACUUUCCUUCUUACCAGCGUUUUCACUAUUACUUUUUAGGGUCUGAUUUUCAGAUUCAAGUUCCUGAUGUUGGUCACUCUAACCUGUGCUGCCAUGACUGUCAUCUUUUUCAUUGUUAGUCAGGUUAAUGAUGGUCCCUGGCACGUGGCAGGACACAAGGUUCAGGUCAACAGCGCCUUCUUCACGGGCAUCUAUGGAAUGUGGAACUUGUAUGUCUUUGCCAUCAUGUUCCUUUACGCGCCUUCUCACAAACGCUAUGGAG